AUGCGCUUCCUGCCCACCCUCGUUCUCGCCGCUGCAACCGCCGCCUCUGCCGCGUCGACCCUCGCCAAGCGCACCGUCACUGCCGACACAUUGAUCCAGGACAUCAUGAACAUUCACAACGGCGUCUUGGCCAACCAGCAGGCGACGCAAAACUACGAGGGAGGGAACAUCGUCACAGCUCUUAUUGAAGGGACCCCGGUCCUUGUCACCGUCGGCGCCGUCCACAUUGCCAACCGGAAGGGCUAUGCCGAUGCCAAGCUCUCGCCCGCCAUUGAUGAGCCCAGCACUAGCCGCAUCUUCCAGCACACCGAAGACACGGUUGGCGUGUCGAUUCCGUCAGCGGUGCAGACUCUAGAAGGCAAAAGGCCUCAGUUCGAGGCGUCGGGGAUGAGCGACAUUGUGGUCGGCAGUCUGAAGCUGCUUCUGAACGAUCAUGAUACCUUCAGUGCUGCGUUGAUGGCAAAAGCGUACACGGCAAAUGAAACCCUGACUGCACAAGGGGUGAAGAUAGUGAAGGACAUACAUGAUGCUAUCCAGGGCGGUAUUGAUGCUUUUCCGGGUUGA